AUGUAAUUCUAUUAAUAAUAUAUUUAAGCUUCAAUUUAAUAUUUAGGUUUUAUUGAAGAUACAAAUUUUUGUGAAUCAGUCUUUGAAGAAUUAAUAUAAAUCUUUCAUUUUCUUUGGCAUUAACUUGAAUAGGAAACUAAUGAAAAGAUGUUUGAUGAUAAAAUUGAAUUUUGGUAACAAUAUAUAAAAAAUUUGAAAAAAUAAUUAAAUCCAAUAAACUCUAUUUAAAAAUAAGUCUCUAAUAAAAUUAAAGAUUGUGCUUGUGUUUAUUUAAUUUUACAUGAUCAAUAAAAUACAAAGAAAUAUAUUAUAUCUGCAGAUACUUUAAUACCUUUUAUAGAUGUUCUUUAUCCACUUGAUUAAUAAUAGGUGAAACAAAUGUAAUUAAUGCAAAAUCUUAUUAAAUCAUCUGUAGAAUUUUUAGUAGAUCCAAUUUUAAAGGAUGAUGAAGUUGUUAUAAAGACUUUACAAAAAGUAUUAACAUAAGUUUAAUUAUUGAAUUCAUCAAUGAAAUAGAAAAUAUUUUAAAUGAUUUGGUCAAGAUGGUCACCUGAAAAUCCAUUUUAUGUAAAAAUUUUAUAAUAAAUUGUAUCUAUUUUUUUGGAAAAUGAAGAUUAAUAAUUAGGAACAAGAAAUAAUUUUUUUUUGUCUAUUUUGGCUAUGGAAAGUGAAAAGAAAAUAGUUCAUCCAUAAAAAUUUCAUACAUUAUUAUAAAUUUGUUAAUAUCUUUGUCUUGAAAAUGCUCCUGUAAAUAUGGAAGAUAUAUUUUCAUAAUCAUAAGAUCAUAAUUCUUGUUUGAAAUUAAAAAAAUAUAAAAUUAAAAAAAGUUUUUAAGAAUUCUUUUAAGUAAAUAAUUAUUAUUCAAUGAUUGUUAAAUUAAUAUCAGGAAUUUAGAAUACAACUAAUUUUAUAUACAUUUUAAAAGAAUUUAUUAAAUUAGAAUGGUUGUUAACAGAAGGAUUAAAAUUAACUUAAGUUGAAUUUGCUGAUGAAUUUGUUUAAUUUCUAGAAUAAAAAUUAUAUGUUUUUUCAGAAGAUUAAAUGAAAGAAACAAUAGAACUCUUAUAAGAUUGUUCAGUAUCUAUGAUUAGUCGAUUUCUCAAAUUAAAAAAUAUAUCUGAUAAUCUAGAAUAAUAUGGAGAAAUUAUAAUAUAAAAUGAAUUUUGUUUAAAGGUAUUUUAAUAUUAUAUAUUUAUAAUAGGUUUUAGUUGAAGUAUUUAUUUUUAAUAGUCAUCCAUCAGAAUUCUUAAAAUAAAAAUGUCUUUAAUUUCUAGGUGUACUUUUAUCAUUUAAUGAAUAUAAUUAAUUAGUAUUCAGAGAAUGUAUUCGCUUAUCUGUAAUUUAUUUUUAAUAUAUUAGAAUUUCUUAUAAUGUAUGAGAAAUUAGAGAAAUAAAAAAUUAUAAUAAUCAAUGGAAGAUAUCUUAAAAAGAUCUUUAUCUUUUAUUAAAAAUGAUUAAAUUUAAAAAAUGAUCCAAAAUGCUCCUAAAGAUUAUUAAAAAAAAUAAGUCUUUAGGCAAUCUAAUUUUUCUUAAUAUGUUGGUGCAACCUUAGAAACCUUUUCUAAUAUAAGUAAGGAAAUCAAAGGAAAAAAAUAAUUUUAAUUUUUAGGAAAGGAUAGUGGGAUUGUUAUAAAGAAUUAUUAAGAUUUAUGUACUAAAAAAUGGAAAUCCUUUACUAUUUUAAUUGAAUUUAAGAAGGAAAGUUUUUAUUUUAUUAAUUCUAAUGCAAAACACAAAGAUGAAGUAUAUAAAGAAGAAUAAGUGAUAUUUAAUAUGAGUGGUAUGUUGGAAUCUUAAAGUGGUAAUAAUUAAUCAGGUCAAAAACAAAAUCUUUAAUAAAUUGAUUUAAUUAAAGUUGCACUAUUAAGACCAACUUUCAAUUAAGAAAAUUAUAAAAUUAAUCCAUUAGAGAAUUAACUCAAAAUAACUAUAUUAAAUUUUGAAUAAAAGCCAUUUGAUAUUAAUUUAAAUUUCACUUAAAAAUCUAAAGAAGAAUUGAUAUUAUUGGCAAUUAUGUUUGAAGAUAAACCUAAACACACUUUUUCAAUUAAAAUUUAAGAUGAACCCAAAAAGAACUUUUAAAUUAAAUCUUUUAUAACAGAAUAUGUUAAGAAAUAUUCUGAUAAAUAUCAUAUUACAUUAAAUAUAGGAACUUAUUAUAUAAACUAAUAGUUCUAAAACACAUUCUAAGGCAUCAUCAAUAAUUUUAUUAUUUUAGAAAAGAUUUUAUAUUUAAAAUAGAUUGAUGCAAUAUUUCAAAGAAAUUAAAAUAAUUUAAUAGAUAUUAUUGAAAAAGAAAUAUUACAAGUAGGAAAUGAAGAAAUUGAAAGUAUACAUAAAUUAUAUUAUUAUUAGGUAGGGAAAUGUAAUAUUUGGAUAUUGAGAAAUUCAAAACUUGUUUCUCUCUUGUUGAGAUUAAUGAUGCAAUUAAAGUAACAAAGUACUAAACAAUAUAAGAGUAAAAUUUUUUAAUGAAUAUGAUAAAGAAAUAGGUUUCUCAUAAGAUGGUGCAUGAAUCCAAUUAAAUAGUUAAGGUGUUUUAUUAAGGAGUUAAUGUAAUAGAAGAUGCAGGAUUAGCUGAAGUAUUUUUAAGUUUAGACAAUAUUGAAAUAAUACUAUUUAUAAUCUAAAUAUCCACACAAACAUAUUUUAAUUUGGAAAAUUUUGAAAGGAGAUCAAGUAGAUUAAAAACAUUAUAGGUUACAUUACAAAAUGGAACAGGAAGAAAUUAAGGAGUGUUUAGAAGGAUUAAUUAUUUUGAUAAUUUGUUUAGAUAAUACUUUUUGGUAAAAGAUAUGAGAAAAUGUAGAGAUGAUUAUUUAAAUUGUCAAUAGUUUCAUCUGAAUUUAUUAAAAUCAAAUAGUUCUUAGUUAUCUUAAGGAGAAUCUCCUGUUGAAAAAAAAUAAAAUUUUUUAUUGGAUAUGGGUGGAUCUAUAGUUAAUUCAAUAAUAAGUACAUAGAAUUAUCCAAUAGUUUCAUAAUUCAAUAUGGAUUUUAGUGAUUAAAACAAAUAAAAUCAAAUUUAAUCAGCCUAGAUAUAGACUAUAAAUUAAAUUGAUGAAAUAAAUUAUAUUAAAUAGAAUGAUUCAGAUAUAAAGAAUGUUGCAUUUUAGGAUAUGAUAUCAAUAGAAAAACAUACUUUUAAAUCUUCUACUGAGAAGGUUUCUUCAAAUAAAUACAUUGAAGAUACUAGAGUAAAAUCAUAAUUUGUAGGAAGAAAGACUUCAAGAAAUUACACUUGUAAUACUUCUCCUAAGAAACACAUUCAAUAAAAUUAAUUCAAUCAAAAUAUAUAAGAGAUAUAAAGUGACAAAAAUAUAGAGUUUGUUCUUGAGGAAAGAUCAUCUAUAUAAAAUGAUAUGACUAUAUUUCAGUGUGAAUGGAUAAGAGUUAAGAUGCAAGUCUUUGGAGAAUUAAAAAUAUUAGAAAAAGGUAAGGUGUUACAAUUUUAGAGUGAUGCUAAGGAACGUCCAGAAUAAGAAUUCUAUACAUAUGGAACAAUUGUAUAUAAAUAUUUAUAUUUAGUCAUUCAAUUUGAGAAAGGUUAAACUAACAAAAACAUUGAAUACAACUUAAAUUGUUGAAAUUUAAACUCGUCGUUAUUCUCAUAAAGAAAUAGCAAUAGAAAUAUUUUGUAAAAAUAAAAAAUCAUAUUUCUUUGUUUUAUAUGAUACUGAAAAAAGAAAUUAAUUUUUAAAUUGUUUUAAAUAAAAUUAUAAUAUUAGUAUAGUAAUAGAUAGAAGAGCAGGUAAAGUUUGCAAUUUAUUUUAUAUUAGAAUUUUAAGCUAAGAAUUAUACAAAGAAAUGGCUUAAAGGUAAAAUAACAAAUUUUGAAUAUCUGAUGUUAAUAAAUAAAUAUUCUGGUAGAUCAUUCAAUGAUUUAAAUUAAUAUCCUAUUUUCCCUUGGGUUAUUAGUGAUUAUACUAGUAAAAAAAUAGAUUUAGUAUAUAUUAUAUUUAAAUAUUAAUUAGAAUAAUAGAGAAUAAUAUAGAGAUUUAGACAAAAUGAUAAGUAGUCAAAAUAAAGAAAGAUUAGAAAAUAGUAAAAUAAGAGCAGAAUCUUUAAAAUAGACUUAAAUGGAAUAUUUUUUAUUUGGUUCUCAUUAUAGUGUAGCAGCUUAAAUAAUAAAUACUUUAGUAAGAAUUGAACCAUUUACUUCUCUUUAAUGUGAUUUAUAGGAUGGUAAAUUAGAUUAAGCAGAUCGUAUAUUUUUUUCAAUACCUAAUACAUGGGAAUCUUGUUAAAAUGAUCAUUAAGAUUUUAGAGAAUUAAUACCUGAAUAUUUUUAUUUUCCUGAAUUUUUGAAGAAUAUAAAUAAAAUAUAAUUUGGUAUAAGAUAAAAUUAGGAAAUGGUUGAUGAUGUUGUAUUACCACCAUGGGCAGAGAGUUGUGAAGAUUUUAUAGAAAUUAAUAGAAAAGCACUUGAAUCAUAUUUUGUAAGUGAAAAAUUACAUAAUUGGAUUAAUUUAAUAUUUGGACCAUAUUCUUAAGGAGAAGAAGCAAAAAAGAAAGAUAAUUUAUAUCAUUGGUUGACAUAUGAAAGUUGUUGGUAAUCCUUAGAUAAAUUACCAUACUAAGAUAAAAUGGGAUAUUUAACUUAAAUUUAAUCAUUUGGUUAAGUUCCUUUUUAAUUAUUUAUAAAACCUCAUCCAUAAAAAUAAAAAUUGGAAUAAAAUUUAUAUUUUCCCUCAAAUUUAGUCAAAAUAUUAACAGAUAAGAAACUUAUUAAUUCUAAACGAAUAAUGAAAUUUGAUAAAAAACUUAUAUUAAAAACUUAUAAAGAAAUUGAUAAUUUUUAUGUUUUAAUGAAUAAUUGUUCAGUUUAUAAAUUAAAGUAAUAUAGAAUAUAUUAUAAUUUAGAUAUAAUGCUAGUUUAGAAAAAAAGGAAAGUGAGGAAAAGUUAUUGUCAUCAUAAUUGUUUUCAAUAUAAGAUAUUGAAAAAUUACAUUUAGAAAAAUGUGAUAUGUUAAAAGAUUAACAAUAAACACAUGAUAAUUACAAAAAUAUUAAACCUAUUCAUAUAACUGGCUAAUAAUUUUAAUUUGAUGAUCAUUUUCUAUUUGUAGCUGGAUAUUUGAGUGGUGCUGUAUACAUCUAUGAUCUACAUUAAGAUAAAACUUAGAAUUCUCAGAUUUGUCAUAAAAUCAAACUUCAUAGAAGAAGAGUUACAUGUCUUAGUUAUUCAUCAAAAUUAAAAGUUUUAUGUUUAGGUGCUAAAGAUAAUAGAGUAACAGUUUGGAAAGUUUAAUAAUCAAAUGAAAAGACAAUUUCUUUUGGUACAUCUCCAAAAUACAUUCUUUAUGGACAUGAUAAAUCUAUUAAAUGUUUGACUAUUGAUGAUGAUAUGGAACUUGUAAUAAGUCUUGAUAAAUCAGGAAAGUUAUAAAUACAUUCUGUUAUUUCAGGUUUAUUUUUAAAUGAAAUAAAAUUCAAUUUAAAUUUUGGAGAGAAGAUUUGGAAUGUUAUAUCAAAUGGAAAUGGACUUAUAGCAUUAUUAACUACUAAUAGUGAGAUUAUUGUUACUAGGUAUUAAAUUUUAAAAUAUUAAAUUUUAGAGUAAAUGGUUUCAUUAUUAGAAGAUAUGUCAAUAAUAAUAUUGGUUAAAUAACAUAAUUUAUUUUUUAUUAAGAAUCUCAUCUACUUAUAUCUACUCUCAAAGGAGAAAUUCUAUUAAUUCAAGAUGUAUCUAGUUUAGCAGAAUAGUAUCCACUUAUUUUUCAUAUAUAUCAAAAUAUAUAAAAAAUAGGAAUAAUCAAUUUUUCAUAUUGUAUUAAAAAUAUAAUUUAAUUAGAAUUUGAAAAUGAAGGCAUUAUUUUUUUGAUUACAUUAAUUGAUGGAUCCCUCUAUCGUUUAGUUUUAAGUGCUGGAUAAUGUAAUUACAUAUUAAUUUAUUUAGAUACUGACUUUUAAAAUUAUUUAGGAAAAUUAGGAAUGUGA